UUGUAGCAUCGCAAAUGUGUUUUUUUUUGCCUCAGCAGGCGAGGACCUUCUGAUUUUAAUCAUUUGGGAAUUGAGUGCUGGACGGAAAGAAUUGUAAAUGAAUGCCCAAAGCCAAAUAUCGGAAUACAGUCGUUUCCACCCACCCCCCGCCGUCUCCGCCGCCAAGAACCCAGAUCGAUUUCUGGAAUUAUGAUCGUUCUGUUCGUGCGAAAUCCAAUUCGUCUGGCAAAAAGAGGAGCUCUUCGCUAUGUUAAAUUGACGGAAUAGGUACCUGUGAGCGUAGGGAGGCGGCAGGAGGGAGUUGCUGAGAUGUGAAAUCAGCGGCACAGAGCUAGCGGAAUCCCUGGCUUUUUUUAAAAAAACAGUCACUCGGAGAGCCGGAUGGGAACUGAAGACAUUCAUUACAAGACGUGUCGUGUUGCGUAGGGUAUUUAUACAGUUCGGUUCGGUUUCGCCUCCUGGCUCACUGGUGGCGAGGAAUUGCAAAGGCAUAAGACGGGUCCUCGGAGCGACUCCUUGUCAUCAAUGGAUACUUUCCAGCCGACUUAGACCGUGGGUCGUUCCAACAAUUCGUGGGCGAUCCCACUGGCGCUUGCUCAAAAGCAAGCUACCACAAGCUUGUAGAAUUUCAGAGGCAAAGCUGAACGUGAAGACUGCACAGGACCAGCGAGCUGGAACCUCUCUAUUUACAAUGACUGAGCAUCGCAAUCUCCAACUACAAACCCCGUCUCAAGGAAUACAGUGCAUCGUGUAUGUUUCUGAAUAUGAUCAUUGACCACUCCUCAAAUUUCUGGCUCUUUUGGAUCUACUUCAGCGGCAACAAGAAGGCAAAUAACCUCUUUUCCAGGAAACAGCUAACGAGUUCCCUUAUCUCAGGAGAAUUUCUACUCACUGAUGCAAAACAGAAAUACAACAAUAAACUGAAAGAACUGCAAUAAACACUGCAAAGAGACGUUUGCUAAGUUUAAAAAUUCACACAUGAAAACCAUAAACCUCAACAAUGUUUUUAAAAUAUGCAGCAAGAAAUAAGUAAACACACUUCAUCUCCACAGAUGUUGUUUGACAUGCUUUAUGGGAGAUUCCUACCUUUUUUGCGCUUUGAAAGAGGUUUCCAAAUAAUUGCAUAGUCAAUAUUGAGCUGCACAGCUACUUCAGCUUGCCAGAAAACUACCAAUCUUGAUGUCAGAAAUGAUUAUUCAGUAGGAAAUGGCGUGUAACAGAAAGCUCUAUUUUUGGUCUGAACAUUUGUCUUUACUUUUGUUUCUAUCUAGCUUUCACUGGCUUGACCCAGUUAUUGGGAAGCCAAAGGCAACUUCACGUCCCCAUGUAAAUUCCAUAAGAAUUGAUGGGGAUAUUGCUCUGGGAGGACUUUUUCCCGUGCAUUCUCGGGGUGGGUCUGGUGCUAACUGUGGAGAACUGAAAAAAGAGAAGGGAAUACACAGGUUGGAAGCAAUGCUAUUUGCCUUAGAUAGGAUCAACAAUGAUCAAGAACUACUUCCCAAUAUCACGCUGGGAGCUCGAAUCCUAGACACCUGCUCCAGAGACACCCAUGCCUUGGAGCAAUCAUUGACGUUUGUGCAAGCUUUGAUCGAGAAAGACAGCACUGAUGUGAAGUGCAUGAGUGGAGGACCACCAAUCAUUACCAAGCCAGAACGAGUGGUGGCAGUUAUAGGUGCUUCAGCAAGUUCUGUGUCCAUAAUGGUUGCCAACAUUUUACGCCUCUUUAAGAUUCCUCAGAUAAGCUAUGCAUCUACAGCCCCAGAGCUGAGUGAUAACAGCAGGUAUGACUUUUUCUCUCGUGUGGUCCCAUCUGACACCUUUCAAACACAGGCCAUGGUUGACAUCGUCAAAGCCUUACGAUGGAACUAUGUCUCUACCCUUGCAUCAGAGGGAAGCUAUGGAGAAAGUGGAGUGGAAGCCUUCAUACAGAAAUCUCGAGAAGACGGGGGAGUCUGUGUGGCCCAGUCAUUGAAGAUUCCACGAGAUCCUAAACGAGCAGAGUUUGACAAAAUUAUUAAGCGUCUAUUGGAAACCCCCAAUGCACGUGGAGUCAUUAUAUUUGCGAAUGAAGAUGACAUUAGGCAUGUGUUGGAAGCAACAAAAAGGGCUAAUCAGACCGGCCACUUCUUGUGGGUUGGAUCUGACAGCUGGGGAUCCAAAGUAGCGCCAGUACUACAGCAGGAGGACGUAGCUGUAGGAGCUGUCACUAUCCUUCCAAGGAGAGUUUCAGUCCAAGGAUUUGAUAGGUAUUUCAAGAGUCGGACUCUGGAGAAUAACAGAAGAAACAUUUGGUUUGCAGAGUUUUGGGAAGCAAAUUUCAAGUGCAAGCUGAGCCGACACGGAUUUAAACGAGGAAGUCAUGUUAAAAAAUGUACAGGCUUGGAGAGAAUUGGGCGAAAUAAUUCUUAUGAGCAAGAAGGAAAAGUACUGUUUGUUAUUGAUGCAGUUUAUGCUAUGGCACAUGCUCUGCACAACAUGCACAAAGACCUCUGCCGAGGACAUGUUGGGCUUUGUUCGAAAAUGAACCCUAUAGAUGGCAAGGUCCUUCUUGAAUAUAUCCGUAAAGUCAACUUCUCUGGAAGUGCUGGGAUCCCUGUGACCUUCAAUGAAAAUGGCGAUGCUCCUGGACAUUACGACAUUUAUCAGUACCAAGUUAAGGACAAUGCAACGCGUGCAUAUUCAGUCAUUGGAGAGUGGGCAAACAAACUUCAUUUAAAUAUCCACACAAUGCAAUGGCCAUCAGGAUCUCGUCAGGUUCCAGCAUCAAUUUGCAGCCUUCCAUGCAAACCAGGGGAAAGAAAAAAAAUUGUAAAGGGCAUUCCUUGUUGUUGGCAUUGUGAACUUUGUGAUGGCUACCAAUACCAGGUGGAUAAGUACAACUGCAAGAUCUGCCACUUUGACAUGCGUCCCAAUGAAAACCACACAGGAUGUCGCCCAAUUCCCAUCGUUAAAUUGGAGUGGUAUUCCCCUUGGGCUGUUGCACCUGUAUUCUUUGCAAUUAUUGGUAUCAUUGCUACACUAUUCGUUGUCAUAACCUUUAUACGUUACAAUGACACACCAAUAGUAAAAGCAUCUGGACGAGAAUUAAGUUAUGUGCUUCUCACAGGAAUUUUCCUCUGUUAUGCUAUUACCUUCCUUAUGAUAGCAGAGCCCGAUGUUGCCAUCUGCUCCAUGCGACGGAUCUUUCUUGGAUUAGGUAUGAGUAUCAGCUAUGCGGCCUUACUCACCAAGACGAACAGGAUUUAUCGCAUAUUCGAGCAAGGCAAGAAAUCAGUCAGUGCCCCCAGGUUUAUCAGUCCAGCCUCUCAGCUCAUGAUAACUUUCAGUUUUAUUUCUGUGCAACUGCUGGGUGUCUGUAUCUGGUUUAUUGCUGAUCCACCACACUCCUACAUAGACUAUGAUGACCAAAAGACUGCCAAUCCUCAGUUUGCUCGUGGAAUUCUCAAAUGUGAUAUUUCUGAUCUGUCUCUCAUCUGUUUGCUUGGAUACAGCAUGCUUCUCAUGGUCACAUGCACCGUGUAUGCCAUCAAAACCAGAGGGGUUCCAGAGACCUUCAAUGAGGCCAAACCUAUUGGAUUUACCAUGUACACCACCUGCAUUGUCUGGUUAGCCUUCAUUCCAAUAUUUUUCGGCACUGCACAGUCAGCAGAAAAAAUGUAUAUUCAAACCACCACUCUGACUAUUUCCAUAAAUCUGAGUGCUUCUGUGUCGCUUGGCAUGCUGUAUAUGCCCAAGGUUUAUGUCAUCCUGUUCCACCCAGAACAGAAUGUGCAGAGACGUAAGCGCAGCCUUAAAGCUGUAGUGACAGCGGCCACAAUGUCCAACAAGUUUACCCAGAAAGGAAAUCUCCGUCCCAAUGGAGAAGCCAAAACUGAACUAUGUGAAAGUCUUGAAACCCAAGUACCUUGAGGAUUCUAAUUGCAAACCAUCCAGUCCAGCAUUAGCUACCAAGCAAACAUACGUCAGCUACAGUAAUCAUGCAAUGUGAGUGAAUGUGACACUCCUCAAGGGGCUUUUGAGAUUUUGAAAGAAAGAAUAAUCUAAAAGACAGACAUUUCAUUAGUCCGGAUGUCCACCUACAAAACCAAGAAGGGCCAUUUCAAAGUAAAAGAGAUGGUAUCUAAGCGUAACAUUCAAUAGGAGACCCAAAAAGAUCAAGAUGACAGACUGCACGGAAGGAGGAUGACAAUUCCUGAAUCACUGAUUCUUGAUGAUUUGUCAACAAAAUUAACUCCCUUUAAAUCUUGUGAAGUUGUCUGUGAUUGUGUCAGAGUUGUUUUUAUUUCUAUUGAUUUUGAACUUACUCAAUGUGUUGCAAAAUAAAAUAUGUUUAAUUGCUCACCAAAUAGAUGGCAAGUUAAUGUAUGUGACAAACUGACUGGGGAAACAAAAAUGUCUGCUUUAUGUCCUGACCAAUCAAAAGUACAGUGCCUGGUUGUUUAUGAAUACUUAAAUGGAAAGUGUAGAGCAUGUUCACUUUUAUACAAAAAUUUCUAAUAAAAUAGUGU